AUGUCGCCUUUGUGUGCGGCGCGGGCGGCCGUGCGGGUGUACGCGGCGGGCGCGGCGGUGAUCCUGGCGCAGCUGCUGCGCCGCCUGCGCGGGGCCCUCCCGGAGCCAGUUUUUCCCCCACAACCGGACCGUGUUGCUAUAGUGACUGGAGGGACAGAUGGAAUUGGCUAUGCUACUGCGAAGCACCUGGCAAGACUUGGCAUGCAUGUGGUCAUAGCUGGAAAUAAUGAGAGAAAAUCCCAAGAAGCUGUAAGGACAAUCAAGGAGGAAACCCUGAACAACAAAGUUGCCUACGUUGAGACGGAGAUGUUGGUGCGGCGAGCCCUUGGAUUUGAGAAGAACUUGGAGAGGCCGCCCAGGGCACAGCUGUUGCCUGAUGUGUUGACUUCUAACCUCCCGGGGUGA